AUGACUAUACCUUAUCAACUUACUUCAACCACUCCUCUUCAAUCAACAUCAUCAAAUAAACAUUUAGAUAAAUUAGAUACAUUAUCAAACUCAAACAAUCAAUUAAACACACCACCAACAUCACCAACACCAGAUCAAAUCAAAGAAAUAUACAAACAAUUUAAUAUAGAACUUCAUCAAUCAAAUCUUAUGCCACAACCUUCAAAAAUAAAACAUGGUAAUCCAUUUUCAUGGUCAGAAAUAACGUAUAUAAUAAAUUCAAAUGCAUUAGAAUUAUUUGCAAGAAAUGAAAAACAAACAGAAGAAUAUCAUAAAUUUAAACAAUUUUUAAAAGAUUCAAAUAUACUGAUUAACGAUUAUAUUUUAAAGCAUGAAUUACAUUGGAAAUCAUCAGAUAUAAGAUUUCAAGAGUAUGAAGUUGCAAAACAAUAUGAUAUAAAACAUCCACAAGAUUUAAUCUUUUACAAUGAUUCAGAUAUUAUAAUUUUACCUAAUAAAUUUCCAUACUAUUUUGAAAAAGGAAUUGUUCAUUUAUGUAUAUGGUCAAAAUUAAUAAUACCAAAUGAUCCAAAUAGUGAAGUUGGUGAUAUUUCAGAAAUUACCAAAAAAAUAAUAGAUAAAUAUUUGAAAAAGACAUUUAUUGAAAAGGGAGUUGAUCCCAAAGAUAUAGUCUGGUUCAAAAAUUGGACUUCUUUACAAAGUGUUAGAAGUAUAAGUCAUAUUCAUGUUAUAUUAAAUAAUAACGUUGAUCCAAAUUUAAUAAAUAAAUUAAUUAAUACUUGUGGUACAACUUUAGAUUUAAAUGAUUAUAAAGAAAUAUUGGAAACAAAUUAA